AUGGCGUGGGAGGAAGAGAGUGAAGAGGAGCAGAUGGAGAAGUUCUUUGCACUGAUUAAGAGCACGAAAGAUGCACUGGAUCAGUUAUCAAAACAGAAGGAAGAACAAAAGGCAAAGAAUGUUUGGAAACCCAGUUUUGAAGCAGAAGAUUUCAUGCAUGAUCAGGAAUUGAUGAAGAUUAACUUUAAAAAUACACCAGAUCGUUCAGGGAAAGAGACCGAGCAAGAUCCUCCGCACAAAGAAUCAGCAGAACCAACCACAGAGCCACACUCACACAAUCAAAAUGGAAAUAACAACAAAUCAACCCGUGAUUUAGACCUAACUCUUUCUCUAUAA